UGCAACUCCUUCUGUAUUUCCAAAAAUGAACGAAGUUAAAACCCGAUUCAAAUACGAAUCUAUAUUUCCAAAAGCGAACGAACUUAAAACUGAUUUAUACACGGAUGACGUACCAAAGCACCGGUAAAAACAUCUUUAAUUUUUAUAAUAUUAGAGAUUUUAAGAAGACCAAGGAUAUGUUGACAGGAGUUUCCUGGUAGCUUUAGUUUCUCUCACAUCAAAAGCACUCCCAAACAGUCUAACUUUUCAACUAGACUAUGAGAAACUAUAGGUACAACACCUAGAAAAUAAACUAGAAACUAGAAAUUAGACAUCUUAAAAUUCCCAAAAAAGGUCAGAAGCUAGCUACCAAUCCGUUAUUUCUUAGAAUUUUUUUUAAGUUUCCCCGAACAUAAACAUAAAACCUUAAAAAGUGAGAAGCUUGGUUUCAUAAUUCUAACCACCCGCUUCUAAAAUUUUAAAAGUUUAAAUGAAAAUCAGAAGGUAGGUGUUCCAUUAUCGUUAGCUGGAUUUUCACAUUAGAAUGUAAAAUAAAGCUUUCUUCCUACACAGACCCCAAGCUCGUGUCUUGCAGGUAGUAGCCAUCACGUGCGUGAAUAUGCCAUGUGCUGGUUGACCAAACAAUGCUAGUAGUGUGCCCUCGCAUGCAUGCUCAACGAAUACAAUAUAAUAAUGCCUAGGAGUGGUAUUCUUUAUGCCCGAGUCGAGAAGGUCAGCGCUGACCUCGCGGAACCUAUAAAUGGUGGACGCGGCGGAGACACAACACACACUCGCCGUCUUGUCUUGACGCCGCCGAGAACGAACGAGCUCGAGCUCAGAGUGAUCUCAGAUCGUCGUCGCGGUCAGCGCCGACGACGAGCAAGCUUCGCCGGAGGGGGAAGACGGUACGUACAUGGGCCGGGUGGCGGCGAGCGGCGGCGGCGGCGGCGGAGGGGAGAUGAUGAGGUACAGGGGCGUGCGGCGGCGGCGGUGGGGGAAGUGGGUGUCGGAGAUCCGGGUGCCCGGGACGCGGGAGCGCCUGUGGCUCGGCUCCUACGCCACCGCCGAGGCCGCCGCCGUCGCGCACGACGCCGCCGUCUGCCUCCUCCGGCUCGGCGGCGGCCGCCGCGCCGCCGCAGGCGGAGGCGGCGGGCUCAACUUCCCCGCCCGCGCGCUCGCCGCGGCGGCGGCCGCCUCCUCCUACGGCGGCGCCGGCGGUCUCCUGUCCCCGCGCUCCGUGCAGCGCGUGGCGUCCGACGCCGGCAUGGCCGCCGACGCGCAGCUCGUGGACCUGCGCCGCGACCACCCGCCCGCCGCCGCCGCCGCCUCAUCCUCCGGCAGCGGCGUGGCGGGAGACGGUGCAAGAAAGCAAGGGACACGUGGCGAGGUUAGCGACACGUAUUGGUGUAGGAAUGGAGAGGAUGGGAGCAGAAGCCGGAGCUCCGGGAGUGAGGAGCUCAUUGUUUACGAGGGCUUAAGUGUAGAUGACAUGGAAAUUUUGAUGUAAACAGUGAUUAUUUUAUUAAUAUGAAGAUGUAAAACUCAUUCUUUACUAGCUAGUACUUCCUCCGUUUCACAAUCUAAGUCAUUCUAUCAUUUUUCACAUAUAUCAAUAUGAAUGUGGGAAAUGCUAAAAUGACUUACAUUGUGAAACAGAUAGAGUACUAUAAACUAAUAAAUGCCGCAUAAUAGAGAAUAUUUUGUCAAAGGAAAGGAUAUUUUUCCUUCAGCUUAGAUUUGUGGAUACAUUA